AUGGUGAGAAAAUACUACUCGAUAAGCUGCGCGGCGGUCUCCAUGAACGAUGUCAGAGUGAGACAGGCCAUACUGGAAGACGGCAGCAAAUGCACAAUCAAUGGAAUCAAGAUCGGAAUCAAGCCGUACACGAACAAGGAGACCAAGGAGGAGGUGCCUACAGACUUGUUCUUGUCGUGGAGCAAGCAGGUUGGGUGCAGAACCUGCAACUUCGUGCGCAAGAAUCGAAGGUUCUUCGACAGCAAGCACAAGGAGAUCACCAGCGGGUGGAAGGCAGCUGAAGAGGACUGGUAUCGUGCUGAGGAGAAGCUGCGCGCUGAAGAGCAGGAGCGUCGGCAGCAGGAGCAAGUCCUCAGAAAGAGGACGGAGCAGCCGGCAACCCAGAUCUGCAGUUGCAGAUUCUGCAGCUCCUGUCCUGUUUCGCAGUGUCGGAUUGCAAGGCUACGGCGCUUUGAAGAACAGCAGCCAAUCCCGCCGCCGGAGCCCUUUCAGGCCCCGUGGCAGGGGGAUUGCUGCUUGCUCUCUAGUUUCCAUCUCCUGCACAGGUAG